AAAGUACUGUGUUUAAUAGUAUAAAAGACAUUACUUGUAAGGGAAUAAUCAGUCUCAAUUUGACGCUUAGAAGUGUAACUCACUAAUACAUUACUAGUGUUAGAAAGAUGAUUACUAAGAUAUCAUUAAUAUUAUUUGCCGCUCUUUUGGUGUCUGGACUAGAAGGAGAGGAGAGAUGGAGAAGAUCCCUCCAACCUGGUGCACCCAAUGUUAACAAUAAGGAUCAACCCUGGCAACUCGACCCUCAUAUCUCUCGUGACAAGCAAGGAAAUACAAAAACUGACGUCAACAUCCAACAUCACGGUGACAAUCACGAUUUUGAGGGAGGUUGGUCUAAAGUUGUUAGAGGCCCCAAUAAAGCGAAACCUACCUGGCACGUAGGAGGUACGUACAGAUGGAGAAGAUCCUUACAACCUGGCGCACCCAAUGUCAACAAUAAGGAUCAACCUUGGCAACUCGAUCCUCAUAUCUCCCGUGACAAGCAAGGAAAUACCAGAACUGACAUCAACAUCCAACGUCACGGUGACAAUCAUGACUUUGAGGGAGGUUGGUCUAAAGUUGUUAGAGGUCCCAAUAAAGCGAAACCUACCUGGCACGUAGGAGGUACGUACAGGUGGAGAAGAUCCCUUCAACCUGGUGCACCCAAUGUCAACAAUAAUAAUCAACCUUGGCAACUCGACCCUCACAUCUCUCGUGAUAAGCAAGGAAAUACAAAAACUGACGUCAACAUCCAACAUCACGGAGAUAAUCACGAUUUUGAGGGAGGUUGGUCUAAAGUUGUUAGAGGCCCCAAUAAAGCGAAACCCACAUGGCACGUAGGAGGUACGUACAGGUGGAGAAGAUCCCUUCAACCUGGUGCACCCAAUGUCAACAAUAAGGAUCAACCUUGGCAACUCGAUCCUCAUAUCUCCCGUGACAAGCAAGGAAAUACCAGAACUGACAUCAACAUCCAACGUCACGGUGACAAUCAUGACUUUGAGGGAGGUUGGUCUAAAGUUGUUAGAGGUCCCAAUAAAGCGAAACCUACCUGGCACGUAGGAGGUACAUACAGAUGGAGAAGAUCGGUUGAAGAUGAUACUCCAAAUGCAAAUAGAGACGACGUUGAUGAGACCUUUUGGGAAUUGGAUCCUUAUACUGAAUAUGACGACAGUAAAACCGCCUUAAGAAUCAGAAGAUCUGCCGAGGAAGACGAAUCUAGUGAAGAAGAAGAUAAACCAUGGCAGUUGGAGCCUAAUUUGGGACGUGGCGAUGAUGGUAAUACUCGAGCUGAUAUAAAUCUUAAACGUCACGGAGAGGACCAUGAUUUUGAAGCAAAUUGGUCGAAAGUUGUUGAAGGACCUAAUAGAGCUAAGCCUACUUGGCAUGUAGGAGGAACUUUCAGAUGGUAAUGAAAGAGACUGGAAAUUAAAAUUAUUUAAUUUAUUUAUUUAUUGUUAUGCUGAUGCUGAAUAUAUUAAUCAUUAAUACAAUUUUAUGAUCGGCAAUA